CUGGUCGGGCCUUGCCCCAUGUGAGCCGCCCCGGGUCCCUGUGGAGAGAUGGUGGCAGGGUAUAAAUUAAGUUUUAUUAUUAUUAUCUGUGUCCCAAAAAUGUUCUUUUUAGGUGUUUUCUAGGUCCCCCAGCAUGAUGCUCUAGUAUGCUAUAAAUGCUAGAGGGGUAUUGUUUUCCCCUUAGUAUGAUUCUAUGGUAUACUUCUUGAAGACAUUGUUCAUGUCUGUGUGUGUGCGCGUGCUAUUAUCUGUUAUUGCAUGUGAACCUAGAAACACUGGAAUGGAGAGUAGCAGAGGAGGUGGCAUUUUAUACUACUGUACAUUUAAAUUGGCUUAUCGGAGAGUAAUGUACUGGUUUGAAGAGCUGGGCAUGUUUAGCCUGCAGAAGAAAAGGCUAAGAGGAGACAUGAUAGCCAUGUACAAAUAUGUGAGGGGAAGUCAUAGGGAGGAGGGAGCAAGCUUGUUUGCUGCUGCCCUGCAGACUAGGAUGCGGAACAGUGGCUUCAAACUACAGGAAAGGAGAUUCCACCUGAACAUCAGGAAGAACUUCCUCACUGUGAGAGCUGUUCGGCAGUGGAACUCUCUCCCCUGGACAGUGGUAGAGGCUCCUUCUUUGGAGGCUUUUAAGCAGAAGCUGGAUGGCCAUCUGUCGGGGGGUGCUUUGAAUGAGAUUUUCCUGCUUCUUGCAGGGGGUUGGACUGGAUGGCCCGUGAGGUCUCUUCCAACUCUACAAUUCUAUGAUUCUAUGAUUUUGUGAAGGAAUAUUUGAAGAAUAAUCAAUGAACUCAAUUGUUCUUGAAAUAUAUGUGCUAGAAGUUUUUGAAUGUUUCUCUUUAUUAACAGUGAAUGUAUGUGGGUUGUUGGGCUUGUAUAGAGAAUUGUGUUAUGUUAAUUGCUAGUUUUCAUAUGUGUUGUGCUACUGUUUAUUUCUUUUUCUAUUUAGUGAUCUUUUAAAGCAUAUCUGUAUGCUAAUUUCAGCGCAAUGAGCAGUGAGGAAGUAACGUGGGAGAAACUGGAUGCAGAAUUUGAUCACUGUGUUGUGGAUAUGAAACCUUAUGUUUUGAAGCUCCCUCAUAAACCAGAACGUGAAAGAUGUGCCCUUUGGAUUAAGAAACUAUGUGAGCCUUCAGGUGCAGGCACAGGAAUUGCUGGUCGAAAGAACCGGAAUCUAUAUGCAAAAUUGCUUCUCCAUAUGCUGAAGAAGGGUGUGCUUGAGGGACCUUUUGUGCAGAAACCAGAAAAAGGAAUGUUGAAAACUCUUCCUUCAUAUAUGUUUAUCUACUUCAAUGAACCAAAUUCAGCAAGAAUGCUGAAUGACUCAACUGAAAGCGCAGGAGACUUACCAGACUGGGUCAUGGGAGAGUUGGGACAAAGUAAGCAGGACAAAUCCUCGAUACAUUCUUUUAGAGAGGAGUCUGCCCUGGUAACCACUCCAUCUGUACAAAGGGAGCUGUACUCUUAUAAUGGAAAACGUGCACUAAAGUCUCAUUCUUUGAGUCCUCCUCAUCUGCCAGUAGAUGACAACUCUCCAUCAAAAACACUGGAGGACCAUCGUUCAAAAAAAUGUUCUUUGGAUGACAGUGACUUUGAGACUCGUCUCAACAGCUGGAAUCUUGGGCUUGAAAAUCCCAGAUAUUUACGUGAAAAACCUAUACCACUGUCACUGAUGUCACCUAAAAUAGACAUGAUGAAAAAUAGCACUUCGCUGGAUGAACAGACACUCUUCCAUAUACAUGAAAAAGAGCUGGAGAUGAAAACGAAGCUAAUGGAAGCAAGAAUUCAUGAAGAAAAGCUGAAAUUACAGAAGAAGCAUGAUGCAGAUGUUCAAAAGAUUUUGGACAGAAAAAAUAAUGAAAUUGAAGUGCUGAAGACGUUGUCCAAAACCAAACAAAGUGAAGCUGAAGAGACUAUUCAGAAACUUGAAAAGAAAGUUCAAAUGCUUGUUCGUCAAUCACAAGUUGUUAGAGAAGAUAAGGAGAAACAAAUAAUUGAACUGAAAAAGCUGUGUGAGCAAAGCACUGAUUCCCUAAACAAUGAAUGGGAGAAAAGGCUCCACAAUGCUGUGGCUGAAAUGGAAAAGGAAAAAUUCGAUCUUCAGAAGAAACACACAGAAAAUAUCCAGCAAUUGUUGGAAGAUACAAAUGCACGUCUAAGUAAAAUGGAUGCAGAAUAUUUGGCACAAACAAAAGCAACUACCCAAAUGAUGAAAGAGCUAGAAGAACGUGUCCAUCAGUUGACUGUGGAAGCUGAAACUAGUAAUUUACAGCGUCAGAAGUUAUCUCAGGAGAAGAUUAAUCUGGAGCAAUCUUACCAGGCUAUAUGCAUAGAACUUGAAGAAGUCAAGGCAAGAUGCAACUCACUUCAAAAAGAGAAAGGAUAUAUUGUACAAGAAUACGAGCAGAACAUUAAACAACUACGAAGCAAAUAUGAUGCUGAUCUAAAUCUGAUGAAACAGGAACAUGCUCUUUCUGCAGCAAAAGCAUCUGAUGUGAUUGAAGAAUUAGAACAGUGUGUGUCUCAAUUAAAACAACAGUUACUAGAAUCAGAACAUCAAAGGCAGCAACAGCUGAGGGAUCAGGAGCAAAAAUUUCUACAGGAAAAAAAUAAUUUGGAGAGAUCUCAAGAAAAAAAGAUUCAUGGAUUGCAGAAUGACUUGGAUAAAGAGAAAAUGGAUUCACAUAAGAGAAUACGAAAAAUGGAAGAUGCUCUUCGGGAGAAGGAGGAGCAGCUGACUCAGGUGAUGGAGAUACAGAGCGUGCAAGCCCAGCAGGCUGAUGCUGCCCUGGAGGAGUUUAAGCGGCAGGUGGAGCUGAACUCAGAAAAAGUCUAUGCUGAAAUGAAAGAGCAGAUGGAAAGAGUGGAAGCAGAUCUAAGCAGAUCAAAAUCGCUCCGUGAAAAGCAGUCAAAAGACUUCUCCUGGCAAUUGGAGGAACUCAAGCAAAGAUAUGAACAACAGAUAGUAGAGCUGAAGCUGGAGCAUGAACAGGAGAAGACGCACCUAUUCCAACAGCAUAACACAGAAAAGGAUUGCUUGGUCCGAGACCAUGAACGAAGCAUUGAGAAACUAGAAAAACAGCUUCGGGCUGCCAUGACAGAGUACGACAAUAAAAGUCAGGAAUGCAGGAAACGAGAUGCGCAGCUCAUCUCUGAUAUGGAAGCCCAGAUCCAUGCACUGAGGGAAGAGGUAAUUCAGGUGAAUACACAAAGAAAACAGCAGCUGGUUGAACUUAGCCUUCUAAGAGAAGAGGAAAAGCAGAGAGUUCUCCGAGAACACGAAACUGCCAUGAGCAACUUAAAAGCUGAGUCAGAAAAGAUGGUGCUGGACCUAAAAAAGAAAAGUGCGGUAGAAAAGGAGAUGGCACUGGAAAAGGCCAGCAGCAGGUUGAAGCAGAUUGAAAAGGAAUACAGUCAGAAGUUUGCCAGAUCUUCACAGAUCAUAGCUGAACUUAAGACAACCAUUUCCUCUCUGACAGAGGAAAGCAACCAGCAGCAGCUUGCUACAGAAAGACGUCUGCAGGAUGUUUUACAAAAGUUUGAAGAUGAGAAGCAGCAGCUGAUUAGAGAUAAUGACAGAGCAAUCAAGGGCUUGCAAGAUGAAAUUGAAAACUACAGCAGUCAAGUUCGCACUGCAGAGAAGUUACUACAACGCAAAGAUCUGGAAACUCAGGAACAGAUAACUUCUAUCCGGCAAGAAUAUGAAACCAAACUUAAAGGUCUGAUGCCAACGUCUUUGAGACAGGAACUUGAAGACACAAUUCUUUCACUAAAAUCUCAGGUAAACUUUCUGCAGAAAAGAGCGUCCAUCCUGCAAGAGGAACUGAGCACCUACCGUACCAGAAGGUAACUACUGGAGCUGACUGAUUUGUUCAAGUUUCUCGUGGACUUCUUUUAGCAGGUUUGAAGAUUUGGAUCUUGUGAACUAAUCUGAGAGAUCAGUGGCUCUUUUAGUAAAGCAGAUGAAGUAAUUCUAAGAAAGCUCACCCCUCAUUCAUAACAAAAUUUAUGUUACCAUUUACUUGAAUUAUUUUAUCAUUAUAAUGCAGUUUUUAUGCUUUUGAUAUAUACAAUACCUGUAUUUAUCAAUAUCCCUUCUGAAAAACUUAAUUUUGUUUGCUCAUACUGUUUUUGAUAUUGGAUUUCUGAUACAAUUUAUUUACUUUUUACACAUUUGAAGAAUCACGUCUUUAUUAUAAUCAUCAUCAUUAUUUUAUUAUCCAAACUGUAUUAAAACAUAUGUGGCAUUCUUUUCAUGUUCACAUGAAAACAUAUUAAAAUAUUUUUCUACA